AUGGGGAACACUUUGCUCUGUGUGCUGGCGUUAUUCUGUGGUGACGCAGUCCUGGAGAGUCCUGCAUUCACUGUGUUUGAAGGAGACUCAGUGAUUAUGCGCUGCAAGCAUCGUAAUCCAAGCAAUGACAUGGAGGCUGCCUUUUUCAAAGACGGAUCACGUGUUGAAAACCAUCAGUCACGAGGAGCAGAAAUGACCAUUCAUUCAGUCUCCAAGUCAGAUGAGGGCAAUUACACGUGUGAGUUUGGUGACAGGGCAGAAUCCGAGGCAACAGAACUGAGAGUGGAAGGAUAUGUGUGCAGAGCUGGAAGAGGAGAUCCAGUGUAUUAUACUCUUUACAGUGAACCUAAGUUUGUCUGGUCUGGAGAUUAUCAUUCAGCAGCGUCUCUCACAGUGAGUCCUGACAGAACACAACACUUCAGCAGAGAGCCUGUGUCACUGAGCUGUGAGGGAAACUCUACUGAGUGGAGAGUGAGGAGGUUUUCUGAAUUUGGCCGCACGACACACUGUUCUUCUUCUUCUUCUUCCUGGGGGACCAUGACUGGAUCCAGAUGCAACAUGAACAGUCACUGGCAGAGUGGAGUCUACUGGUGUGAGUCUGAAACAGGACAGUUCAGCAAUGCAGUCAACAUGACUAAACAGGACGGUGAUAUUAUCCUGGUGAGCCCUGUCCAUCCUGUUACUGAGGGAGAUUCUGUCACUCUUGGCUGCAAAUUGAGGACAGAAAAAGUUCCUUAUAAUGUGGAUUUCUAUAAAAAUGACAAACUCAUCCAAAAUGUUACUGGAGGGGAGCUGACUAUAUCUGCAGUGUCAAAGUCAGAUGAAGGCUUUUAUAAAUGUAAAGGAAAAAAAUCACAAGAUCAGCAGAGUUUGACGUCACCAGAGAGUUGGAUGUCAGUAAAAUCAGCGCCCAGGCUUGAAGGAAGCUCUCCAUUUCCUGUGCUGUUGAUUGUUGGGCCGGUUUGUGGAGUUUUACUGAUUCUUCUCCUGCUGCUGUUUCUGUGUCUCUACAGAAAGUCAAAAGAUUCAUGCUUUAUGAGGUCUCAGAGCAGCAGUCGGGGCCCUGCUACAGACCACAUGAUCAACCAGGAUGAAACUCAGCUCAAAGAAUAUGCUCCUCCUCUCCAUGGUGAUGCUGUUCUCUAUGAAUCAAUCAAAGGCUUUGAAGAACCUGAACAUGGUGAAUCCAACGAUGUCACAUAUUCUGUGGUUGAGCUCAAAAACAUCGCUAAAAAGGGGAAGAAAACAGAGGAGCCAGAGGAGAGCGCAGUUUAUUCAGAUGUGAAGAUAAGAUCAGCUACAGACGACAAUGUGAUGUAUGCCCAAGUAAACUCUCACAGUAAAGCCAAGAAAGACAAAGGAAAAUCACGUCCUGUAGCGGCGGAUGAAACUGUUUAUUCAGAAGUCAAACCAGGAAAAGCUCUUGAUCAAUAGAGAGAUCUGCAUCAACAAAACCAGUAGAGUGGAUGACAACAUGAAUAACUACAUCAGUGUUUAAACAGUAUUUGCUAUUUUUAUUUAAUUAUUGUGUGCAGCUCCACUAUACAAAUAUCAGACAUUAUUCUGUACAGUUAAACUAAUGGCAGGUCAUUUAAAGAAAAUGAUUAUGUGGGUCUUAAGCUUCUGUAUUGUUAAAAGUAUGGUUGACCAUUUCUUGUAUCAAUAAACUUUUG